AUGGAGACAAUAGAACAAGAACAACAACAAAUAACAGAGGUGAAUAGUGAAUAUUAUAUAGAUGAAAAUGGUAAUUAUCAAUAUUAUGAAGAAAGUUAUUAUAGUAGCGAACAAACUGAAAGUUAUGACCUACAACAAGAACAAGAGCAACAAAAUUAUGAUGAACAAUAUUACCAACAACAAGAAGAGAAACAACAACAACAACAAGAACAACAACAACAACAAGAACAACAACAACAACAAGAACAACAACAACAACCACAACCACCACCACCAACAACAAUUCCCUCAACUAUAGGAGAUUUAAAAAAUUUUGGAGAGGAAGAAUUAUUUUAUAACUCAUUAUCUCAUAGAAGUAAAUGUGUAUUGGAAGUUUAUACAACAGAGAAAUCAUUUUCACAACAUUUAAAUCAUUUUAUUUCAUUUUAUUUAGAUGGUAUUAGAAAUUCUAAUCCACCAAUAUUAGAUAGUUUUGGUAUUUUAGAAAUAUUUUCAAAUAUAGAAUCAAUUAAAGAUUUUAGUGAAGAGUUAAUUAAAGAUAUGAAAAAGAAAUUUGAAGAUGGAUCAGAGGAUGUUGCAACACCAUUCAUAUUAAAAGAGAAACAAGUUAGAGAAUUAUAUAUACCAUAUGCAACUAAUCAUGCUAAUCUAGUUGAAGGAUUGAGUAAAAUGAUUGAAAAGCGACCAAUGUUAGCACAAUUUUUACAACAAGUUAAAGAGAAUCCAUUGAAUAAAUCGAAAUUGGAUUUACCUUCAUUUUUAAUUAUGCCAGUUCAACGUAUGGUUAGAUAUCAAAUGUUAUUCAAUGAGAUAUUGAAACAUACUGAAAAGGAGCAUACAGAUUAUCAAAGAUUAGAAGAGGCAACUCAAAUGUCAAUGUUAAUCACUAGAACUAUAAAUGAACAAAUUAGGAGACACCAAAAUCUAUUAAAAGUUCAAGAGAUUCAAUCCAAUUUAAUAGGUGGUCCAAAGAUCAUCAAAGAGAAUAGAGUAUUCGUUAGAGAGGGUGGUUUAAUGAAAGUUUGUAGAAAAGAGGAUAAAUUUAGAUGGUUUUUCUUAUUUUCUGAUGCUUUAAUGUAUUGUACUUCAACAAAUUUACAACAAAAUAUUAUUAACGAUGCAGGUGGUGGUGGUAGUGGUGGUAGUGGUAGUGGUGGUGGUGGUGGUGGUGGCAAUAAUGAUUUACCAAAAUUUCAACCAUUACCAAAUACAUCAAAUCAUUCAUUCACAUUUCAUAGAUUAAUGUUAUUAUCAGAUAUUAAUAAAAUUAGGGAUGUAAAAGAUAGAGAUAAUCAAAAGAAUGCAUUUCAAAUAGUUUCUUCCUCUGAGAAAUCAUUUACAGUUUAUGCUGAAACUCAAAAGGAGAAACUCAAUUGGUUAAAUGAUUUUAAAGAGUUAUUAGUCGAUAAGAAUAGAGUUGUUCAAGAAUCAAGUGAUAUCACCAAUAGUCAAUUGAAUGCUGAUGAAGUACCAGUUUGGAUACCCGAUAAAGAAGCAACUAAAUGUAUGUUUUGUAAUGAUGGUUUCACAAUUAUCAAUAGAAGACAUCAUUGUAGAAAUUGUGGUAAAGUAGUUUGUGGUAGUUGUAGUCCUCAUAAACGUUUAAUUCCUCAUAUUAAAAAGAAUAAACCAGUUAGAGUUUGUUUAUUUUGUUAUGAUUAUAUUGGUUUAAAUGAAAAAGAAUCACAAAAUCAUAAUCAACAAUCUUCUUCCUCUUCCUCUUCCUCUUCCUCUCUUCAUAUAAAUGGUGCUCAAAGAAGUCAUUUAGAUAUUUUAAAUUCAAUCAUUGGUGAUAGAAAAAGAACUCUAUCAUUUAGUAGUUUAUAUGGUGAUGGUAGUAUUGAAUCAAAUUCAACACAACCUUACAAUUUAACUUUUAAUAAUAAUAAUAAUAAUGGUGGUAGUAAUGGUAGUGGUAGUGGUUCAAAUCUUAAUAUUAAUAAUAUUAAUAAUAAUAUACCAAAUUCUUCAGCAGGUUUAUCAAAUAAAGAACAUUAUAGUACAUUUAGAAAAUUAAAGAAUAAGAUUUCAAAGGAUUCAUCCUCUUCUUCUUCAAGUAUUACAAUUACAAAAGAAAAGGAUAGAGAUUUUUCAAGAUCUCAAUCAGAUUUAAAUUUAACAGGUGGUGGAAACAGUGGUAGUGGUAGUGGUAGUGGUGGAUCAACACCAACCGGAAGACCACCAUUAGUAGUUAGAGGUGGUAUUCCAUUACCAACUACCCAAAGUCAUGGUAAUUUAAGACCAAUGUUACCAAUAAAUUCUGUUAUUUUAAAACCAUCAAACAAUAAUAAUAAUAAUGAUCAACCUAAAUUUCAAUCACCCGAAUUUCCUCAAUCAAAACUUUCAAAAACUUCACCUCAAUCAUCGAGUAAUAAUUUAAAUUUAAUAACUAAAUCAAAUAAACCACCUCUAUCACCACCAACUCCACCACAUCAUAAUCAUCCUUUGCCACAAACUCCACCACAUCAUAAUCAUCCUUUGCCACCAACACCACCACAACAUCCUUUGCCACCACCACCACCACAACAUCCUUUGCCACCAAUCCCUCAGUCUCAUACUCCACCUCAACACUCUUUGCCAUCAGUCCCUCAAUCCCAUACUCCACCAUCACCAUCACAACAACACCCAUUAAUUAUGCAAACUAAAAAAGUUACAAGAUCAACUUCACAACCACCAUUACCUGAACAAACACAUUCCUCAACUACUUUACAACCAUCAUCAUCAUCAUCAUCAUCAUCAUCAUCAUCAUCAUCAUCAUCAUCAUCAUCAUCAUCAUCAUCAUCAUCAUCAUCAUCAUCAUCAUCAUCAUCAUCAUCAUCAUCAUCAUCAUCAUCAUCAUCAUCAUCAUCAUCAUCAUCAUCAUCAUCAUCAUCAUCAAUAUCUAAUCCACUUGGUAAAUCAGCACCAACAAUAACCCCAUCAAGAAGAGUACCACCACCUCCAACUCAACCAAGAAAUAGUUUAGAGAAUAACACAUCCGCUUCUUCUCCUCAUAUAUCCACCGAAGGACAAUCAUUAAACAAUCAUCAACCAGAGCCAAUUAAUAAUGAUAAAAACAAUACAUCACCAUUAAAUUCAAAACCACUGAUUCAACCAAGACCAAUGGCCCCUCCAACUGUUCAAUCAAUUAAUCAAUUACGUUCUACUAAUACCAAUGGUAUAAAUAAUGUUAACACUCAACUUCAAGAUUUAGAAAUUAAUACUCCAACCAAAUUGGUUGGUACAACAAUUCCUCAAAAACCAGCUGCACCUUUUAGAAAAAGAUCGUCAAGUACCUCAUCUGAAGUUACUAUUGUUCAACAACAACAACAACAACAACAACAACCAAAUUUAAUUACAAAAUCUUCUCAAAAACCAUCAAAUGUAAAUACUAUUCAAAACAAUAAUAAUAAUAAUAAUAAUAACCCCGAUAAUGAAGCUCCUUCUCCAGUAAUAGAACAACCAACAGCACCAAUAAUUAAAAAGAGACCAUUACCUCAAAUUCCGAAUCAAUUGUAA